AAUAUCGUUACUUGGCUAACGUUAGCUAAUUGGAUGAAGCUUGACCCAAGUCAUAGCUAGGUUACCUUAGCGUUCUUACCAAGCUGGCAGGACAGGCAAGUGUUCAACAUGGCUAGCUUCCUAUACUAGCUAAAUUAGUUUCUAAUAAUAUUUGGGAAACAAAAAAAUUAUUUACGCUUAAUAUUGAACUAGCUAUUGUCCUGGACCAGUCAAUGCAUUACAAUGCUCUUUGUUUUUAACAGCUGGUUGUUAAGCCUACAGCUCGCUAACUAUCACUAACUUCAAUACAUUUGUAGUAGCAGCUAGUUAACCCUUGCUCCUAGUACUAUCAUCUAUCCUAUAACGCUACUUAUUUUAAGUCAAAUAUAGCGUUAUAUAAUUUGCUAGAUAACAUCGGUGGCUAGCCAGUGUUAUCGCUACAUGGCUAGCUAAUACCAGUUUGAUCAGUUAGGUGGUUGUGGAUAUAUUUUGUGUUCGUUUUGCAGGAGAGGGAUAGCUAAAGCUAGUCGACUGGUAAAACAGGUGGUUUCAUCGUACGUGUCAUGGAUUUGCCAACAGUAGCGUUAACCUAGCAAGCUAACGCUAGAUAAGCUAGCUAGCAUUGCUGAUUAACUUCUAUAAGGAGCUUGAUAAUGACAUGGCAAAUAUAGCCAUUUAGCCUGCUAGGUAGCUAACGCGUAUAAUUGUUUUACUUGCUAACUGCAGUGUCGUCGUUUUUCUGUAGUAGGGAGAUGGAUCAUUUUUGUGACCGCAUAUGGAAUCUUGUUUUCUGAACGUGUCAUGGCUAGGUAGCUAGCUAGCUAGCUACGCAGAUUGUUAGCUAGGUAAGCUAGCGAUAGGGAGCUACAUAUUAGCUCUGAGAGGAUGAAAUACGUCUUCCUUGUUGACACUUUUUUAAGGCAUCCGCCCUCUCUGCGUGUUGCUGUUGGAUUCUACGCAUAUUUGCUGUCAGACUAGAGCUAGUUAGUGUUUAUUGGAAACGUGGCUUAUGGUUAACCUUUAUAUGCCGACUUAUUUUGUGCCCAAACUUUGACCAAACCUUUAUGGUUCCCUAUAUCUCGUUUCUCUCAUGAGCUGAUCCUAAUCUAUGCUUUCACUCUCAACGUCACUCCUCUGGUCUUCAGAGAGCUGGCCUGCUCUACUGUUUUGCCCAUGAAUAGCGCCUAAGUGUAACUGUAAUGUGAAUUUGUGUGAUUAAUCUAUGAUGCCACGUUCGCUCUCCCUGAGGAAAUGGCAGGGCGCAGAGUGGAGUGUUCAUGGAAGAGACAUGUUGCUGAGCAGCUGAAACAGAGAGACAGAGUGCAGCGUCAAGCCUUUGAAGAAAUCAUACAACAGUAUAACAGGUUGCUGGAGAAGUCUGAUCUGCAGGCUGUGCUCUCUGAGAGACUGCAGACAGAGAAAUAUGAACUGCAGAACAGACACGAUCUCAGCCCAGGGGCUGAGGCCAGUCGCAGUGACUCCGUACAGCAGGAGAUGGCUCAGAUGCGAAUAAAACACCAGGAGGAGCUCACGGACCUCCACAAGAAACGCGGAGAGCUGGCCCAGAGUGUGAUUGAACUGAAUAACCUGAUUCAGCAAAAAGACAAAGAGAUCCAGAACAACGAGGCCAAGAUGUUGGAGUACCAACAGCAGAUAUCCCAGUUGGAAGGGGAGUGCCGUGAGCUGCGGAACUGUCUGUCAGAUCUGGAGAGAGCCAACCAGACACUGCGUGAUGAGUAUGAUGCCCUCCAGAUAACAUUUAGCGCUCUGGAGGAGAAACUUCGCAAAACCACAGAGGACAAUCAGGAGCUUGUCACGCGCUGGAUGGCGGAGAAGGCUCAGGAGGCCAACCGACUCAACGCUGAGAAUGAGAAGGACUGCAGGCGCCGACAAGCAAAGCUACAGAAGGAGCUGGCAGAUGCCGCUAAGGAGCCGCUGCCUGUCGACCCAGACGAUGACAUCGAGGUUCUUUCAGACGAUGCCAGCAAGAGCACAGGAGAGGUCUCUCCAAACCGACCGCCCAGCCGAACAGCCAGUAAACGAUUGUCUCAGGCCCCUCCUGUUGGACUUCUGGACUCCAUCUCAAAUAUCUUUGGCGUGUCUGCUUCUGUCCAGUCUGGCCUCAUCCCAUCUGACUCCAGAAGGCGUCGUUUGUCGAAUUCCCAUGGAACAUCUCCUGACAGUGCUGACACGUCAUCUGGGGUGUGUGUCGAGGUCCGGGUGCCUUCCACUGCUCUCCAUGUCUUCGAUGCCCAUGAUGGUGAGGUGAAUGCAGUGAGGUUUAGCCCUGGUUCCCGUAUCCUAGCAACAGGAGGAAUGGACCGCAGAGUCAAGCUGUGGGAGGUUAUAGCAGGUCAUUGUGAAUGCAAAGGGGCUUUAACGGGCAGUAAUGCUGGAAUCACCAGCAUUGAAUUUGACAGCACUGGCUCUUAUUUGCUGGCUGCAUCUAAUGACUUUGCAAGUCGAAUCUGGACUGUGGAUGACUACAGACUGAGACACACCCUAACCGGGCACAGUGGGAAGGUUCUGUCUGCUCGCUUUCUGCUGGAUAACGCCCGCAUCGUCUCCGGCAGCUACGACCGAACACUCAAACUCUGGGACCUACGCAGCAAAGUCUGUAUGAAGACUGUGUUUGCUGGUUCCAGCUGUAACGAUAUUGUCUGCACUGAACAGUGUGUGAUGAGUGGCCAUUUUGAUAAGAAGAUAAGAUUCUGGGACAUCCGGGCUGAAAGUAUAGUGUCUGAGCUGGAGUUGAUGGGGCGUGUUACAUCUUUAGAUCUGAAUCAUGACCGAACUGAGCUACUCACUUGUUCCCGUGACGACCUUGUGAAAAUCAUUGAUCUGCGCACCAAUACUGUGCGACAGACAUUCAGUGCUCAGGGCUUCAAGUGUGGUUCAGAUUUUACAAGAGUUACCUUCAGCCCGGACGGAAGUUAUGUGGCAGCGGGUUCGGCGGAUAGCGUUCUUUACGUGUGGAACGUCCAGACAGGGAAACUAGACAGAAGCCUCGACAAAAACCACAGCUCUGCUAUUAACUCUGUGUCCUGGUCUCCAUCUGGCACCUACGUGGUAAGCGUGGAGAAGGGGAGCCGUGCCGUGCUUUGGUCUGACCUCUGAUUGGUUCGGCUCUACUGUGGCCCUCUGUGAUUGAUUCAGCUCUACUCUGACCUACGGUGAUUGGUUGAGGCCAAGAUUAGGUGAAGGCCUACACAAGGACAAAGCAAAGUGAACUUGCCUCACUUUCCUCCCUGGUACUCGGACUGCAUUUCCGAGGAAGCAUCAUGCUGGGGACUGGUACAUGUGGAGUAUAUGCAGCAUUCUGUACCGAGAGACUUCCCGUUAUAAUCGCACUCAUAUCAGCACUCCUGUUUUCCCUUGUGCUCUCUGUCACUUGUGCACAUGCAUUUACCAGGAGGUGGAACACAUGGACAAGCUAAGAACUACAAGGACCUGAACCACCUUGAUUUCAAACGAUUACUUCGUAAGAUUUGGUUUAUUGUUGCACGGCAACGUAAGGAGCGAGUCCGAGAGUGUUGGUGCGUGCGUGAGAUGGCAAGCAUGCUUUUUGUUCAUUUUGCCUUACAUCAUUAAGCUAUCCAUAAGAUGUGUGCGCAUGCAAGUGAGCAGGCUGCACUUUCAGCUUCUGCCACCAGAGUGUGCCGUUCACCACCACUACCACAUCCACUGUGUCGCUCCAGUUGAUAUCGUCCUUGUUGAAUGACUGUUUGGGUAAGAGGGCCCUGCUUCUCCCCAGCACAGCUCCAGAUAAAGAAAAGACAGUAAUUAUGACGAUGCAGGAUUCAGGGUCAAAAAUGUAGAUCAGAAAGCAGAUGCUUGCUGAUUGGGUAUGCGCGAACGACACCAAACAAACAAAAAAACCUCCAAGAGGUCAGAGGUAUUUUAAGGUCAUGUUGGGUACAGGAGCCAAACAUGGAACUGAAAAAUGACCUUGCAUCGAUUUGAAAAAUAAAUAAAUGAUAAAAUAAAAUGUAAAAAGUACUAGGUUACUUUGAUGAACGGUUAAAUGAAUAGUUUAUCUCGAAACAUAUGUAUAACUUCAGAGGUCGUAUCUUGUUGUUUACCUGUUGUCUUGUCUUUCUGUAGGAGAGCAGGACUAGUCAAUGUCUGUUCACCCGGAACUGGCAGCACUCAACCAAACAGCAAGACUGCUGUAGUAUUCUUUGUAACUAGACAAAGAAUAUUGCCCAAACAAAUAUGCAUUCCAAAAAGAAAUACUUGUGUGAAGGAAAAUAUAACUGUUGCUGAAAGUACAGAACAGCAAGAAAGACCUUCUAGGAAACUACAGCUCUUAAAGAUUUGUUCUUGACCAGGUAUAUUUGUAUGCCUCAAAACAUGCUGUCAGAGCCAAGCUCCCUGUGCUAAUGAAUUAGAUACUGCGUUAACUCGGUCACCUUGAUCAGCAUAUGGAACUAAGACAUGGUGUCAUGGAAUGAGGCUCUGUAUGACUACAGGCAAACAUUCAUGGAGUCAUUUGCAGACACACUCACAGACUACAUUGUUUAAAGCACGGUAUUUAUCAGGCUCACAUGCUCUUUUGCCGAUAAUGAGCUCAGAUUGGGACAGACGUGGGUGUGAACCAGAGUGAUUGACUGCAGACACUAAUCUUCAUCUUCCUUGACUGUGAGCUGGUGUCGACUCUCUUGCGGGGACCAUACAGAGUUCUCCUGAUCCCCACAAAAACAGCCAAGGGAAAGAAGAACAUUUUCUUUUAAAAAUCUGUUGUUGUUUUUUUUUUCUUCAGUUAUUUAAGCAGUUUUCAGCUUCUAGUAAAAACUCGCUGUUAAGCCAUGUUGAGCCAUGUUGAUAAUGUUUCUGCUUCAUCAUUUAUUUUUGAACAAGUUAAAACCGAACAGCACUGACAAAAAAAAACAUUUCCCCCCCCCACCUUCCCUCCAUAUCAACUGUCCUUAACCAGUCACAUUCACUGACAUUAUACGUGUCUCCUUGUGUCUUCCGGAGUGUUCUUAGUUGUAUUUCUAGAGGAGCAGUGUCUCAUUGGCUCUUUUGAUUGCACUGCUUCAGGUGGGUGUGGCUUGAGUUCAUCAGUUGUUGCAACUACGGGCUCAGGGGGGUGGUUGGGGCGGGUGUCCGUGGAUCAGUCCUGAAUCCUCUUGUCUACGGAAAUGUAUAAGUUAUGAUAAAUGUAUAUGUAUGUCUGGAAAAUGUUUGCACACCAAAAACAUGUGACCCAACUUACCUGUGUGUUGUUGUUCAUAAAGAUGGAGGCUGUGUGGCAAGGUGUUCUCA